AUGUAUGAUGAACUCAUGGAACAUUAUGAGAUCGAAACUGGAGCUCAUAGCAAUGGUGCUGGUAGAAGCGAAUCAUGUUUAGAUACUACCAACAACAAUGAAAAGCCGACAUCUAUUGCGGCUCUGGAAGCCUGCCAGACAAUUGAGACAGCCAACAUGAUUUAUGAACAAGAAGUAGAGCUUCUUAAAAGAGGUCCGUUAGAAUAA